AGAAAAUAAGAAACAACAAACAGUAAACAUGACAAAGAUCAGUUUCUCCUUAGUUAUGACUGUUGCAACAAUCUACAUCAUAGUAUCACAUGGUCUACUUGUCACGGCGGCUCGUGAGAGUCUGCAUCACCAAUGCUUUUGCGAGUCAUCAAGCCCGUGUGCUUGCACCCCACCACCACCGACACCGACACCGCCAACAGCUAUGAAUAAGUCAGGGAAAGACGUCGGACCACUAUGUUUGUCUGACGGUGAUUGCAAACAAUUUUGUCGUCCGAAGAAAGGUGUUUGCAACAUAGAUUUCGAGACAUGUAUUUGUAACUGAAACUAUCUCA